UCAUACAGUAAACACCUACGUGAAGUACUCACAAUACUGAAAACACUUCGUUUAGUCAUAGUAUUGUGUGUGUUUUAUUUUUUUGGAUUAUUUUUUCGCCGAAUCGAUCUGAUACAAAUACGCUUGAAACAUGGCAGCCGAAUCAUCAAAAAAUGAUAAAGAACAUGUCAAAAUAUUGAACGAAUUGCAAGCGUUGCGCAGCGAACAACGAAAUAUUGUCAGUAAUAUUUCAACAUUGGAGCUCGAUUUAAAAGAACACAAAACGGUAAUCGAUACACUUAAAUCGGUUGAAGAGGAUCGCAAAUGUUUCCGAUUGAUUGGCGGUGUGUUGUGUGAGCGAACAGUCAAAAGUGUUUUGCCACAGCUGAAUGAUGCAAAGGAACAAUUGGAGAAGCUGAUUGCACAGCGACAAGAGCAGCUGACCGCGAAAGGUGUUGAGAUUAAUAAAUUUAGAGAAAAGCACAACAUUAAAAUCAAAGGCGAAGGCAGCGGUCCGGGAGCUGAACAAACUGCCGCGAGCACUGGCAACAGCGAAGAAAAUCGAAACCAUGUUCUAGUGGCAAACUAACGAUGACCGACCGCCACCCACAUUCUAUCCAUCAAAUUCGUGUCUAAGUUGUCCAAAAAUGGCAUUUGUUUCUCACUAAACGCAAAUAACCCAAAAUUCACACAUACACAUAAAACACAUAUACUUUUGUUAAAGAUUAAAGGCAAAAUACAUACUUUUAUUUGUGCUAAUUGAAUCAAAUAAUUUUAUGAUUACAAUAAAUCCUUCUCUUCAAAAAAAAAUAACAUUAAAAAUGUGUGAAUGAUCAAAUUUAAACCAUUGAAUAAAAUUUUACGAUAAAAUAAAAUGAUACGUGAAAAAUAACAUGAAUGCAAUU